AUGGAAGACUACAUCCGCGGCGUCCUUUGCGGCUACUUGCAGGUGCAGAUUGGCACACGCGAUGAUGCCAAGCGGAGACGUACGUUUGUGGUGCUCUCGGAUUCGCGCAUGGACUAUUACCUGUCCGACCCGCGUCCGACAUUCACGGCCAAGAUUGACGCGACGUACUUCCUCUCGACCACAACUCGUCUUCAUUACUACUUGGAGCUGAAUCCUCGAGCCCCGCCAUACUCGAUCUGCCUGACCACAGACAGAGGCACCGAAGUCUACGUCGCCGACACGCAAGAAGAGGCCGACCUGUGGUAUCGUCACAUCUCCGAACGACUCGAAGCGCUUUCGACGAUGCUCAAGGGCCCCUUGAUGCUACGCAAAGAGCUCCCUGCGAACCAGCAAGUCAAACGCUUCGUAUUACGCACCAAAUACCGCUGGAAGGCUCGGUACGUGGAGCUUGGACGCUCGACACUUCGAUUCUGCAAACCCUCGGACCACAAGACGAAAACUAUGAAGCAGUUCGCACUCACCGGUACCAGCUUUUCCGGACAAGAGAGCACGACGUACUUGCGGCAGCUCUCGGUCUUUGCGUCGUACUCCAUCCCGGUCGAUCCGUCACCACAGACGCUGAGAAGUAUCAAGAACAUCGAGAAAAUGCGCCGUGAAAACGAGGACAGAAAUGGAGUCGAUACUGGAGACACGAGCUUGAAAAACAACGAAGUACGACCGAAGGGCUCGAACGUAGCAGCAUUUUACCCCUUCAUCGUGACAACCGGCCAGGCUUACAUCAUCCUGGCAGCCCCAACAGAACAGAUACGGACGCAUUGGAUCCUCGCUAUCCGAUUGCGAAUUAUCGCGUUGAAGUAUCGCCACAACGGUGGACCACGAAAACAACCGGGACUAGCAGGCAGCCAGGAAGCCAACCCGCAUCAAGUGCAAGGCUUCAUUGAAGCCCAGCCCAAACCUGGAGGGCCGUGGAAGCAGCACUACGUCGAGCUCGACAACGGGAUGCUGCGAGUGAAGAAGAGCGAGCGGAAGCUGGGAUCGAUCUUCGAAGUACAAUUGCUGCCAACUUGUCGAGUCACUCCACUACUGGACAAGGCCAACGCCUUCACCGUUCGCAGCCUCGGUUGUGAAGUAUCUUUCGCCCCAGGGAGUGCCGCAGAGGCACGUCGCUGGAUGGACGUGAUUCGCGGAGCUGCUGCUGCGGUGGAGCGAGCACGCUACCAACGUAUCUUCCAUGGUGACAUCCAGAGAUUACUGCGCAACAGUGUGAUCUACACGCUCGAUGUGGCCUCGGAGGCUAGUGCUGGUAUUGUCCUGGAGAAGCACAAGAAGAGGAUCUUCGCAUUGAGCCACGAGCCAGUUGUACCAAAAUCUCCGAGACGAGUUACAAUGGCAGCGCUCGUACGUCGAGUGAGUAUGCUGACGACUGCCACGUCCAGCGGCUCAGCCAGAACCUUGUCGCCAUCGUCGGGGUCGUCGUCCCCUGUCGAGUCGCCAACUCCGGCAUCAGAGAUUAACUAUUCGUCUGCCAUUAUCCCACAGGGAAGCGUGUUGGUCGGCAUCUCGCAGUUCGGCAUGAUGCACGACUCGGUCGACACCAUUUGGCACACGCUGCGACAGAAGAAGGGGUGCUACAAGCAGGCCAAGCGGCUGAUCUUCCGUGCUCCAGCCGUCAAGGAAGGCAGUCUCAAGGUGAAAUUCCGCGCUGCUGAUGAGUGGGUCCUCCACCGAUGCCGCAUGGCAAACGGCAUGUUCCGCGUUGAGGAUGCACAAAACCACAAGGGUGAUACACUGGUAGAAGUUGCGUUGCGAGAUUGUGAGGUCGAGCUGUUCAGCGACGAUGACUGCUUCAACGGUAUCAAGCUCACGGUGGCGACGAGCAACGCACUGGUGCGCUCGGUCGUGUUCAUGAACGUGGCUCUUGACGACGAUGCAUUCAUGUGGUUCGCCAUGCUCCACAUGGAGAUCUCGGUGGCCCAAGACAGCGCCCUCUUCCCGCUAAAUCCUGGGCCGAUGUUGAGCACUCUGGUUGGCGUACCUCCGUCGGGAACACCAACGGCAAGAGAGGAUAAGCUUGCUGCUGACCAAGCCAAAAGCUAUCGCGACUGCACCAUUGUGGGCACUCGCGUCGAAGAGAUCGAAAAGUAUUCACGAGAGCAGGAGCGGAUCUUCCUCAGCUCAGCUGACGUCACGCGCUUUUUCCAGCACUUGGACGCUGUCGGUUCGGGUAAAGUAUCAUCGGCAGGGCUUGUCUUCACCAUGAAAUUGAUCACGAAGCACAUUCGCGCGCGAAAGAAACACCACGGACACGAAGCUGCUCCUGAAUCGACCGAGUCGGGACCUCUCGACGGCUUUUUCACUGCGUUGGAGACAUUCACCUCGGAGGGCCGAAGCAUUGUCUGUCUCACUCCAGAUGAGUUUGCCACGGUAAUGUCCAAAGUGACCCACCCUGCCGUAGUCGAGCUCGUGCGAAAGGAGUCCCGCAACAAUAUCCAAUGUAUCUAG